UUAGAUUCCUAAAAAGGCACAGUGGUGUGUGCAAAGAGAGGUGAUCCCCAUUCAACAAUGGCGGAAACAACGGCAGAGCACCACCGUGACAACCACCGUGACCACCACCACUUGGUACUAAAAUCUGCAAUAUGUUCCAGACUCCUCCUCCUCGCCCUAAUCGUCUUCUUCAGCACUCUUCUCUCACCCUACGACACAUCUGCAACGUUAAACCCUCCGUGCCUCUCCACCCCCAACGCCACACUCUCCUCCCCUCUCCAAAACGCCGUCGUCUGGGACUCCGUCUACUUCCUCCGCAUCACUCAAUGCGGGUACGAGUACGAACAAUCCUUCGCCUUCCUCCCUCUCCUUCCCCUCUCUCUUUCCCUCGUCUCCUUCAUCCCCACCCAAACACCCCUCUUCGUUCUCUGCGCCUACCUCAUCAACAACCUCGCUUUCGUUCUCGCUGCUCUCUACUUCUACAGACUCUCCUUAACCCUAUUGAAGGACCCCGACACUGCGUUAAGGGCUACUCUUUUGUUCUGCUUCAACCCCGCCUCUGUCUUUUACUCCUCCAUAUACUCCGAGAGUUUGUACGCUCUUUUGUGUUUUGGAGGGAUGUAUCACUUCGUCUGCGGCCGAAACAAUUUCGCCCUUCUUUUCUUCGCGCUCUCCGGUUGUGCAAGGUCUAAUGGCGUCCUUAAUGCUGGCUAUCUUCUUUUUCAGACUAUGCACCGCUCUUAUCACGCCCUCUUUCACCACAAGCGUCUUCCUUUGGCUUUGCAGAUUGUUUUUAUUGGAGCUUUACGCACUGCGUGUAUUUUUGCUCCAUUUUUAGCUUUCCAGGCUUAUGGCUAUUACCAUAUGUGUGUUGGUCGCUCCCAUGAUGAAAUAAGGCCCUGGUGCAAGGGAAGGAUACCGUUACUUUACAGUUACAUUCAAAGUCAUUAUUGGGGUGUAGGUUUCUUGAGAUAUUUUCAGCUGAAACAGUUGCCUAACUUUCUUCUUGCAUCCCCAAUACUGUCUCUGGCACUGUGCUCGAUUGUCCAUUAUGCCAAGUCAAGGCCUCAGAACUUUUUCUCAUUGGGGUUUUUAGCUCCAAUGGAAGAGAAGAGCAGUGGAGCUGUGUUUUUGUCACGUGAUCUCUCAAGGUCCGAAGAAGCUGAUAGUGUGGGGAAGUCCUCCUCUGUUAGGGUAGAAGAACACUUAAAUCUUAGGAGAAGAAAGAAUGUGAUCAAGGGAGACGUUGCCAAUGUUCCCAUAGAAUCCGAGUCAGCAGAAGCAUGGCCAGGAUACUUGUCUGCAUCUGUGCUCCCAUUCGUGUUACACUUGGGAUUCAUGGCAUGUACUGCUUUCUUUGUCAUGCAUGUACAGGUGGCUACUCGUUUCUUGUCUGCGAGUCCUCCUCUUUAUUGGUUUGCAGCAUACAUAAUGGCAUAUCCUACAAAAUACUAUAGAUGGGGAUACGUGAUAUGGGCAUACUCUAUAGCAUAUAUAUUUCUUGGUAGUUUGUUGUUUUCAAACUUCUAUCCUUUUACUUAAUCAGAAGAAUGGAAGAUGCUUCUCCAUUAAAGCUUUUCAUCUUUUAUUCCAUCAAGCAUCGCUGAUAAAUUUUAGAUUUCUGUUGGUUGCUUUGAUUGAACUAAUGUACCUUUCUUUUUUUUCUCUUUUUGUAAUUUUCACUUUGUUUAUUGUUUUUCUUUCUGUUCGAUACUUAAAUUGUAUUAUGCCACAAAGUGAUUUAUCCUAGAAACAUGAAUAGAAAUGAAAUACGUUUUCCUCCACCUCUGAA